ACGGUUGCAGGCGCAGCAGAGUGGUCGUUGUCUUUCUAGGUCUCAGCCUGUCGUCGCGACGUUCGCCCGCUCGCUCUGAGGCUCCUGAAGCCGAAACCAGCUAGACUUUCCUCCUUCCCGCCUGCCUGUAGCGGCGUUGUUGCCACUCCGCCACCAUGUUCGAGGCGCGCCUGGUCCAGGGCUCCAUCCUCAAGAAGGUGUUGGAGGCACUCAAGGACCUCAUCAACGAGGCCUGCUGGGACAUUAGCUCCAGCGGCGUAAACCUGCAGAGCAUGGACUCGUCCCACGUCUCUUUGGUGCAGCUCACCCUGCGGUCUGAGGGCUUCGACACCUACCGCUGCGACCGCAACCUGGCCAUGGGCGUGAACCUCACCAGUAUGUCCAAAAUCCUCAAAUGCGCCGGCAAUGAAGAUAUCAUUACACUAAGGGCCGAAGAUAACGCGGAUACCUUGGCGCUGGUAUUUGAAGCACCAAACCAGGAGAAAGUUUCAGACUAUGAAAUGAAGUUGAUGGACUUAGAUGUUGAACAACUUGGAAUUCCAGAACAGGAGUACAGCUGUGUAGUAAAGAUGCCUUCUGGUGAAUUUGCACGUAUAUGCCGAGAUCUCAGCCAUAUUGGAGAUGCUGUUGUAAUUUCCUGUGCAAAAGACGGAGUGAAAUUUUCUGCAAGUGGAGAACUUGGAAAUGGAAACAUUAAAUUGUCACAGACAAGUAAUGUCGAUAAAGAGGAGGAAGCUGUUACCAUAGAGAUGAAUGAACCAGUUCAACUAACUUUUGCACUGAGGUACCUGAACUUCUUUACAAAAGCCACUCCACUCUCUUCAACGGUGACACUCAGUAUGUCUGCAGAUGUACCCCUUGUUGUAGAGUAUAAAAUUGCUGAUAUGGGACACUUAAAAUACUACUUGGCUCCCAAGAUCGAGGAUGAAGAAGGAUCUUAGGCAUUCUUAAAAUUCAAGAAAAUAAAACUAAGCUCUUUGAGAACUGCUUCUAAGAUGCCAGCAUAUACUGAAGUCUUUUCUGUCACCAAAUUUGUACCUCUAAGUACAUAUGUAGAUAUUGUUUUCUGUAAAUAACCUAUUUUUUUCUCUAUUCUCUGCAGUUUGUUUAAAGAAUAAAGUCCAAAGUCAGAUCUGGUCUAGUUAA